GACCCGGGCAGCCUCUGAGUGAAAAGCACCCUGACCUCCGGCAGUGCAAAAAGACCUGCGAGCUGACCAUGCGGCCAGACCAACUUCGUGCACGGCUGAGCGCGGUGGCCUGUGGGCUCCUGCUUCUCUUUGGUGUUCAGGGUCAGGACCCUGCCAGCCCCAUCCGAACCACACACACGGGGCAGGUGCGGGGGAGCCUCACCCACGUGAAGGGCACUGAUGUGGGGGUCCACACCUUCCUGGGAAUCCCCUUUGCCAAGCCACCUGUAGGGCCGCUGCGGUUUGCACCUCCUGAACUUCCUGAAUCUUGGAGUGGUGUGAGAGAUGGGACCUCGCACCCGGCCAUGUGUCCUCAGGAUCUCACUUCAAUGAAUGAAGAGGCUCUGACCAUGUUCAACGUGACCAUGCCUUCCAUCCCCAUGUCCGAGGACUGUCUGUACCUCAGCAUCUACACACCUGCCCAUACCCAUGAGGGCUCUAACCUGCCCGUGAUGGUAUGGAUCCAUGGUGGUGCGCUUGUCAUGGGCAUGGCUUCCAUGUAUGAUGGUUCCAUGCUGGCAGCCUUUGAGGACGUGGUGGUGGUCACUAUCCAGUACCGCCUGGGUGUCCUGGGCUUCUUCAGCACUGGAGACAAGCACGCAACUGGCAACUGGGGCUUCCUGGAUCAGGUAGCUGCUCUACGCUGGGUCCAGCAGAAUAUCGCCCACUUUGGAGGCAACCCAGACCGUGUCACCAUUUUUGGGGAGUCUGCAGGUGGCACAAGUGUGUCCUUGCAUGUUGUCUCCCCCAUGUCCCAAGGACUCUUCCAUGGUGCCAUCAUGGAGAGUGGUGUGGCCUUGCUGCCUAGUCUCAUGGUCAGCUCAUCUGACAAAGUCUCCAUGAUGGUGGCCAACCUGUCUGCCUGUGACCAGGUUGAUUCAGAGGCCCUGGUGGGCUGCCUGCGGGGCAAGAGUGAAGAAGAGAUUCUGGCUAUUAACAAGGCCUUCAAGAUCAUCCCUGGUGUGGUAGAUGGGUCCUUCUUGCCCAAGCAUCCUGAGGAGCUGCUGGCCUCAGCUGACUUCCAGCCUGUCCCCAGCAUCAUUGGAGUCAACAAUGAUGAGUAUGGCUGGGUCAUCCCCAAGGUCAUGGGCAUGGAUGAGCCAAGGAAGGGAACAGACAGAGAGGCCUGGAAAGAUAUUCUGCAGAAAACGUCCCAAGUGUUGAUGUUGCCUCCUGAGAUUGGUGACCUGUUGUUGGAGGAGUACAUGGGGGACAGUGGGGAUCCCCAGACCCUCCAAGGCCAGUACCAGGAGAUGAUGGCAGACUCCAUGUUCGUGAUCCCUGCACUCCGAGUAGCACACUCUCAGAGUUCCCACGCCCCUGUCUACUUCUAUGAGUUCCAGCAUAAGCCCAGCUUCUUCAAGGACAUCAAGCCACCUCAUGUGAAGGCAGACCAUGGGGAUGAGAUUUUCUUUAUUUUCAGACCCAAUAUGAGGGGCAACUACAUUGAAAUCACCGAGGAGGAAGAGCAGCUCAGCAGGAAGAUGAUGAAGUACUGGGCCAACUUUGCUCGAAAUGGGAACCCCAAUGGCGAUGGUCUGCCCCACUGGCCCGUGUUCGACGAGGAGGAGCAAUACCUGCAGCUGGACACACAGCCCACAGUGGGCCGGGCCCUGAAGGCCCACAGGCUCCAGUUCUGGACAAAGACCCUGCCCCAGAAGAUGCAGGAGCUCAUGGAGGCUAAGGAGGAGCACACAGAGCUGUAGCUGCCCAUGUCGGGGUGCCAGUGCCAUGGGGGUCUGACUGAUGCACCCACACACAGCCUCUAAGGGGCAGCACUUCAUUCCUUCACUCACAUGGCCAUUCAUUCAUUCUUCCAUCCAUCCACUCAGGAAACAUUUAUUAAGAACCUGCUGUGUGG